AUGUUUGUCAUUCAAGGUAACGUACAUAACGCCGUGCUAUUUGCUGGUGUUCAAAGCCAUAAGAAAUCCAACGGCUACUCUGUGGUUUUGGACGGUAAAUUUCAUACUCAGGGAAUUUCUAAGUCAACUGACGUCGAUCUACGUCGACAUGCGUUUGCCGAAAAUCAUCGAGAACACAAACCGGUUCGACUCGAAGUACGGUCGGCCUACGGAACAAAGAACGCGUCCUCGUUACUACGUGGUCGCCUAUCUAGGAUGUACGUUUACAUUGCUUGCGUGCGGCUGCAUCGAUAUUUUGCUUAA